AUAAUAUCCAGGCAGCAGAAAUUCCGAAGACAUCAAAAGAACGUUAUUUAGACAUGAGACGUCCAAGAACAAUACGUAAUACCUUCUGAAGAUGUCUUUGUCGACUUGGUAAUUUGUACCAAAAAUUCUCCAUAAUUAUGUUUUAGUUACAGAUAUACAUAAUUAAUUUCUACAUAUAGGCGAACGUGUUUGAUCAAUUAAAACUUUGCGUUUACCUUUCGAAUACUCAGAAUGAACCGGAUUUUUAUUGAAAAAUCUACGAUUCAUCAUAUAUGAAAUACUAUUAAAUAACUUUUUCAAUCGGAUAUGUUGCAUUAGAACUUUACAACUGCUCGAAAUUAAUAUCACACGUUGUUCCGCAGAGAAUAAUCUGAAUGUUUAGCUUUUUUGUUUUUUUUUAAUUAAUAAAAGAAUAUUCACACCUAGUACUUGUUUGUCGCUCUAAGCGUUCAUUUCAUCAAGUACAUAGAUAAAUAUUAAUACCAGAUUUCGAAGUAUAUGUGAUUAUGGUUUUUCAGGGUCAGUUAGAAUUUAUUAUUUGCAAAAUGAACACUCAAGAUUAUAAACCUGACGAUAGAAUCAGCCAAUUGUAACACAGAAACGGCAGAGCCUUCGCUGUUCAAUAUAUAUAUAUAUGUUGUGUGCAUGCGUGCUCGUGGCGUGUGUAUUGUGUGUUUGUUCCAAUUGACAGAUAAAGAAUAUGUGUGUAUGGCCGCAUACGGUCCCGGCUGUUUCUGUGCUUCUGACGAUUGAUUCUACAUUAGCACAAUCGUGAGUGCCAUGAAUAUUUAUAUCAAUAACAGGAGUUUGAGCAAUCAUGACUUGUUUGUUGUUUGUACGACGAUGUUAGAACACGUGUUGGGUUGCAUGUUUUGAAGAAGGGAAAUUAUUUGUCUGUGUAUAGCAACGUGUGGUAUCAGUUUCAUCUGAGUUGCCAUUAGUUGAUUCUACAUUAGCAUGAUCAUGAUCGUCAUCCAUCUUUAUACCUCUAAUAGGAGAUAAAGCGAUCAUGACUUUUUUAUUUUGUGUACAAAAAUGUUAGAAGAUGUGUCAGGUUGUACGUCUUUAAGAAGACGUUUCAAAGACAUGGUGAGAAACAGACCAAGACUUCUUCGUAUCAGGUGUGCUAAUAGGGAAGACAUUUCUCGCUAAAGCGAAUCCAAUUGGGAAACCCAUGCAUAUAUGUAUAUGAGGCUGGCGAAUUAUUUGGAAAAAUGUUAACGUCUCAGCGAUUUGAAUGGAGAUUCGAGGGAAAGGAAAGAUUUCCUGGAAGCAUGUCUUCACGGUCUCUGGAUACGCACUUCGCAAUUCUCCUUCUUUUAUUUUCCUUUUUUUUUCUACCGCCACCAGGCUCUGGGCAUCCUCCUUCUUUUCAUACGACUACACCUUUGCACGAAACUUCUUCAGGACUUUUGGUACUUGUACUCUGGAGAUGUACUGAUGUGCACUCGUUUUCAACUCUCUGUAUGACUUUGACGGUUCAUGUGCUGUGAUUCCAUUUGCUUUGGCGGUAUCUGAAAGAAUAGUGCAGCAAAUAUCAUUUUGCAAUAAGUAAUUGAAACUGGUGUAAUAUUUUUUCUUUUGGAUACAUCUUUUGGCGCCUAUGAAUACAUCUGGAAGUUAAUGGAUGAAAUUGGAAUGAGAAUUUAAAGGUGAUGUGGCCUUGGGAUUCAUGGGUAUAAAAAGACAAAUGUGAUCAACAUACAUCAUGGGUAAACCGCCCGAAGGAGGAGGUCUUCUCGUAGCAGGACUUCUGAUACUGUACUCCUUGGGUUCAGGUGCUCAAGUCAGUCCUGAAUAUGGAUGUCCUCCACAGGACAGGAUUCUACCCUGUAGAUGUUCUACGCGAGACAUGGAAUUUCAAAUAUGGUGUAGCCACAGCGAGUUGCCAAAAGUUCUAGCAGGUCUGGAAGCAGUCAGCCAUUAUGUUGCACGUCCUGUGGAUGAAUUAAUUUUAGAGAAUAAUAAUUUGCCAAGCUUACCAGGACGUACAUUCGCGAGUCUUCGUGUACUCAGAUUAAUGCUGAGGAACAACAGACUCGAAAGAGUCUCUUCAGGAUGGCUGGAAGGCCUACAUGAUUCUUUGUUGGAAUUGUUCAUGGUGGAACCUGAUCUACGAUCGCUGCCAAUUGAUAGCCUUGACAAUCUUCAAGGUCUGGAAGCAAUCACAUUGCAAAGUCAGUCAAUGAUGAGAUUACCAAGAUUCUCAGGAUUACCAAAACUGAGAUAUCUACAGAUCAAUUCGGCAGCUCUCUUGGAAUUAACACCAACGAACUUCAGGGAUUUACCUAAUCUAGAGCAACUCCAUAUAUUUGGUAGUGAUAGACUGAUCAGGCUUGAAGCCGGAUUAUUGAGAGAUUUGCCAAGAUUAAAACUCGUUAAUAUCAGCGACUGUGGUAUCAGUUGGAUUCAUCCAAGAUCUAUGAUCUCUUUACCGGAACUGAAAGAAAUUUCAUUAGUUGGAAAUUCCAUUGGAGAUGCUACUAUGGUAGGAAGGGCAGCUACAGAUCUGCCGAUGCUCUCUGUUAUUCGACUAGACCGCAAUAGGAUAACAAGACUCGGAGAAGCUUCCUUUAUGGAUCUUCCUAUGCUGAAUAGAUUGUAUCUGUCAAGAAACAGAAUUUCUGAAAUCUUUCCAGGAGCCUUUCAAAGGAUGCCAAUGCUAAGGAUCAUUGAUCUUAAUCAUAAUUCAAUCAGUAGAAUACAUCCAGAAUUUUUGCCGCAAAGAACAGGCAAUAGUCUUGAAGAAAUGUGGCUGAUUAAUAAUGAUCUUAGUCAUGUUGCGGAAUUGAGAUCAGUUCUUGAAGCGUUACCAAGAUUGAAAUUCUUAGAUGCGAGUUAUAAUCAACUUGAAGAAAUACCAUUUGGUGCCCUGAGAGGUCAUCGCACGUUGGAGAGACUCCAUUUGGAUCAUAAUAGACUGAACUUCCUCCAGAGAGAAACAUUUACUGCUAUGCCAGCACUUCGUGAACUUAGACUCAGGAACAAUUCUUUGACAAAUCUGAUUGAGGUACCGUUUUGGAAUUUACCAGCCCUAAAGGGUUUAGAUUUGUCAGAAAAUUAUUUUCGACAUAUAGAACCACGUCUAUUGGCUAAUCUACCUAACCUGCGACGAUUAGAUCUCAGUGGAAAUAGUAUUACACUUAUAGAACCACAAUCAUUCAUGAGAGUUCCGGCAUUGGAGCAUAUUAAUAUUUCCCGAAACGCGCUGUCAGCCAUUCAUCCAAUGACAUUUCGACAUUUAUCUAAUUUAUAUGAAUUGGAUAUUGGCUGGAAUCGUUUAGUUGAGGUGGUACCAGGUCUGCCAAGAAAUAUCGAACAUCUUCACAUGCCGAUGAAUAGAAUACUAGUUCUUCCACCGACGACCUCACCAGAUUUGGCACUUCCAGUCUUGAAAUCCUUAGAUAUCAGCGCAAAUGGAAUUGAGAGAAUAUCACCAGGAUCUUUGAACGGACUGUCCAAUUUACGAAAAUUAAACUUUGGAUAUAAUUCUUUGCGACUCCUUGAAGAUGGAACAUUUGAUGGUCUGUCAAGAUUAGAACAAUUAGAUCUAAGAAACAAUAAUUUGGUAUCAAUUCAUGGUCGAAGUUUUAGGUCCAUGGGAAUCCUCGUGGACCUAAAUUUAAUGGGUAACCGACUAGAAAUGAUCAGACCUGAGAUAUUUCAGGAGAAUUCAAGAUUGGAAAUAUUGGACCUAAGUAGGAAUCAUCUGAAACACAUUCCACAUGCUACUUUUAUCAAUACUAGAGACCUUCGUGAGCUGUACGCUUCACACAAUACCCUGACCGAGUUACCCGGAUCGUUGCACGACUUAAAAGGACUUCAGGUACUCGACUUGAGCUUCAACAACCUGAAUAUCCUGUCCCCGGAGACGCUUAGCAGCUUGACAUCAUUGCUGGAAUUGAAACUUGUCAGAAAUAAGAUAAGAGAAUUAAAAGAGGGAGCAUUUGAUAGAUUGCCAAGGUUAUCCUUGAUAGAUUUAGAAAAUAAUGACUUGAGAGUCAUUGAGAGGAACGCCAUAAGGGCUUUGCCAGAAUUGCAAGCCUUGCGUCUUGGAAAGAAUCGUCUACAGAGUAUACCCAAUGGUGCCUUCUCGGAAUUGCCGCUUCUUCAGAGUGCCGAAUUGCAGGAAAAUCAUCUUCAGGAAAUUGCAGGUGGUGCCUUUAUAAACGUACCACAUUUACUAUUCCUGAAUCUCAGCUACAAUAUGCUGCCUAGUUUGGAUCACGUUGGUCUGGAAAGUCUCAGGUCUUUGGAAGUCCUGGACUUGAGUAACAAUCGCUUGUCCAGGAUCGCGAGCGAGAGUUUAGCGCCCAUGGAGUGGUUAGUCGAACUGAAGAUGGACAACAAUCGAAUUUGCACCAUUCAGGGUUCACCUUUUGACGACAUGCCCAGAUUACGCGUUUUAAGUUUGAGAAAUAACAGAAUGGCGUCCGUUUCAGAGAAUGCUUUUAAGAGGCUUAGAUCUAAUAUAGCAAUCCUUGAUAUUGAUGGAAAUCCACUCUCUUGCUCAUGUGGAAUGCUCUGGCUACGAGGGUGGCUUCAGCAAGCAUCCGCUGAUGGUCCUAGGUGUGCUGACGGUUCUCUCUUCAGGGAAAUUAGACUAUCUCGCGAGGACUGUCAACGAGAAAGACAAGUAGAGCAUGUUCUUCCUGGAUGCGAAGCUGAAGUUAUUAGUACUGGUUCUCCGUCAUCGGCAUCUUCGUCUCUAUUUGGAAACGCCGAAGGAGUGGCACCAUGGAUGAAUUUGAAAAAUCCGACAUCCUUGCCACCAUUGCCAAAUGAAUCAGAUUACUUUUACGACGAGUAUGUAGAUUAUCCUUAUGAGAAUUCGAGCCUUUCUUCAUUUUUGAAUUCUACUGCAUUGCCGACCACGUUGCCGCCGUCGCCGGAAGUAUCGCAGGCAAUUCCGGAACAACUGCAGUCUCAACCGGUAACUAUUAGCGAGGACACAACGGCAGGAACUGCUAAACAGAGGAACAAGACGUUGCCUGGGAAGCAUAUGAUUCCGCCAUCACCAAGUAGCUCAGGAUUCACAUUCUUCGGUGUACCAAUACCGAGUCUGAACUUUAACCUUUGGGGCACUGCUGGAAGGAAAGCUGAUCGUAAAAACGAUUUUUCCGGUAGACCUGGAAAAGGAAGUCACAGAGUAUAUCCGCCAACUGAACCGGAAAUACACAGGGGUGGUUUUGUUCCUCUACCUAGAGGACAGAGUGGCUUUGUACCGAUAGUGGACCCUUGGAUUGCAUAUAGAGAAAAGAAAUCAAAUGAAACAUUAAAAAAUCGACAUUCAAACGAAAUGGAUAUUAAAUAUCAGGAAGAUCACAAAAAAGUGGAAAAUUUCAAUUCUUCUACUGAGAAAUCACAAUUGUCUAGCGGGAGACGUCAGACGGUUAUUAAGAUACGCGAAGAAUUGUCAACGGUGAGAAACAUGCCUUUGAUCACAUCCGUUUCUAAAAAUUCUUCAAAGGUUCCUUUCAACGGAAGUCAAACUACUGAAUCAACCACAAUGGCCGAUGAUUAUACAACAGCGGCUACUGAUGAGAUUACUGCAGCUACUGAGAUUUAUAAAGGAGAAAGGCUUGACGAAGAUGCGGAUGAGACUAAACAUUUUUCAGGUUCUCAGGGUGAAGUAGCUAGUAGGAUAGUAUGGACAACGCCAAAGUCAAAGGCCAAAGAAACCAUAAGAGGUGGCAGUAAGGAAACUAUAACAGCCACUAUGGAAGUAUUUGAAGCAAAGAAAAGUAGUUACUGGAACCGUGAAGAACAUUUUAAUUCUAAAGAAUCAACAACAGAAGCGAUGACAACUAUAAUGCAAGAUAUAGUGACAGAUAAUCCCAAUAUCAUGACAACUGAUAAGACUUUAUCUACACAAUUUUUAUCAACCAUGACAACUCUUACUACAAUUCGUCCUACGGAAAAUCCACAGUUGACCUCACAAGCAAUGCGUAACAUGGAAGCUUCCGCAUUGUCAACUUUUUUAGUACCUGGAGGACAAAUUCCAGUUAUAGCCAAUCUGCCACGUCCUGUGGGACGCUCGACUAUUACUAAAGUUCCUUCUCCUAAUUAUGCCUCUACUGCAGAACAGUAUCACAAUAAUGAUCGAGAUAAACUGCAAGCCGAUGCAGCUGAUAAAGGUUUCCAAGAAUAUCGACAGCAGGAAGUUUCAACUACAAGAGUAAAUGAAUCAACGGACAAUACAGAUGAGAAUAUGAAACUGAUCGAAGACAGUUCAUUCAAUUGGUAUUUUCAGCAUUAUAAUGAUACCAAUCUUGAAUCUUUUGUAGGAGUAGUUUACAGUUGUAGUGUUGAUAAAACAACUAUUUGUUCGUGGACAUUAAUUGUGGUUCAGAUAUACUUCUUACUAUGUAAUCUGUAAUGACUCGCAGCAUAAAAGUUUGUAUAAAUAUUUAUAGGUUUUUUGUAUAGCCAGGAGA